AUGCUGAGGCUGCCCUCCCUGGUGGGGCUGCUGGUCUGGCUGACGUCUGCCGCCGCGGCACCCGUGCCUCCUGCAGGCAGCCCCCUGUCUGACAGCGAAUACCAGCUCUUCUUCUCCAGCCUGCGCCCACCCUGGAAGGCCCAGGCGUCCUGCCACCUGCGGCAGGUGUACGGCUGCCUCAGCCCCGCCGUCCUGCGGCUGGACCAGCAGGAGAACCACGGCCAUGUCCCCAAAGGACCUGUCUGCUCUGCCGUCCCGGAGGCACGGUGGUUCCAGAGCUUCUGCCAGUUCGCCCAGUACCGCUGCUCCAAGCGCAAAUUCUACAUCAAGCGAAUCCCGUGUCCGAGUGGCUCUCCUCCAAAAGGCCUUCUUCGUCCAGCAGAGAGGCUUCAUGCUGUGGGCUUCCAGGUGAAGGAGGAAAGCUCUCCUACAGAUGGAGCACCCGAGCAGGCCUCUCUUUCGCCCACCGACAUCCACCUGCACUCCAACGUGGACAUGCUCCUGAAGUACUCCUACGCGCUGUCAAGCCAGAAACCCUUGGCGAGGAAGCUCCCCCCGGCCCUGCCAGUGGUGCAGACCCUCGGGGACAGGGGGCUGCCUGAGCCCACACCAACCCUGCUGGUCCCGGCCCCCCUGGCCCCCUCGCCACCCUACAGCCAAGCAGAGCGAGCCUGGCAGCGCCGCCUGCAGCACAGCGUCCGGCAGCUCAUCGGCUUGGCCCUCACCUUGGAGACCUCAGCGGGCACGGAGACUCUACACCGGACCCCGACACCAUGUCAGAGCCUAGGGAGAGUGCCCAGCGGUGCCGAGGAGGGGAUGCAGGAGGAGGCCUCCCGUGGCAGCCUUUUAGCCCUGAAGAAGAAGGAAGCAGUGAUGAUCCUGUGCUAUGCAGUGCUGGAGGGAAUCUGUGUUUCAUCAGUUGUCACCCAGGCCUGGAAGGAGAUGGAAGGAAAAAUCCUCGGCUUUGGAGAUUCGGUGUGCGACAGCCUUGGGCGGCGGCACAUGGACCUGUGCCCUGACUGUGCCUUCUGCUCACUGAAGAGGGAGCAAUGCCAGAACUCCAACAACCUGAGGCGUGUUCACUGUGGGAAAGGCAACUUCAUCACCUACAUCAACCCCCAGAUCUCAGCCCAGCACCAGGCUAUGGGCAACAAGACCGGCUUCCCAGAGCCCUACGGCAUGCAGUUCUCCCAGGGGCUGCGAGCAGAGUACUGGUGCAGCCAGAUAGCCACCCAGGGCUGCGAUGACCCUCGUGUGAUGCUCUGGCUGCAGGCAGAGUACGCCGCCUUCCGAGCCGGGGACACCCCAAGCCAGAUCUGCGACUCGGGUGGAGUUCAGCACCCCAGUUACUGCGCCUUCAAGAGCCACCAGUGUCUGCAGCACAGCCUCCACAACCAGAAGGUGGUUCGCCAUGGCUGCCUCAGAAACCAGACUUACCAUGUGCUGAGCAAGGAGGAGGGAGAGGAGGAAGUCAGGCGGUGGCACCAGAGGUUCCUCAGCCUCAUCGAAGGGUGAGGCAUGGUGGUGGGAGACGCACAUGAGGCACAGGGCUCCAGAGCAGGCUCUCCAGAGCCGUGGCAAUGUGGAGAACCUGGACAGAUUCGGACGGCUCUCCAGAGACUCCUCGUGGCCAGGUCUUGCCACCUGAGAACCUGCUCUGCAUUCAUGGCAGCAACACACCAGGAUGGGAGCAACAUUCAACAGCAUUUCACUGUGCUGUCUACUCAAACUCCUUCCUGAAAGAGUUUUCUCCAGCCGAAGGAGUGGCUGAGCACUGGAGAAGGCGUUGGCCCCAGGACGUGGAUUUAGACCCACCAGCCCAAGUGCCUGAAGAUCCCAGCAACCUCUGGCUUUCCUGCCCCUGCAGGCCGAUACGAAUCAGUAACGCUCUCAAGGCUGAGUCUUAUUUUAUAAAAAUGAGACCACAAACCUAACUUGUGCCCUUCUCUCUGCUGCUGCCACUCUGUCAGACCCCCUGGAGACCCCUCUCGCAUCUGAGCGGGCUCCCCACUUCCCUCUGCAUGGCUCACUGGUGUUGCUUGCUCACCACUGCCCACGUGGCCCUUGUGACAAGGCUCUGAGGGCAAGGUUCCCUCCAGGUCUAAACA